AUGCACGACGAUUCGAAAGCAGAGAUACAAGAUGAAGAGCACCAUUCUAUCAAAGAUGGUGCUUUUCAAUCUGAAGAGGACACAGGACACAAGCCCAUUAGUAUUCGAGAAUAUGUGGUCUCGAGACUCACCUCACUCAAGCCUCCUACGAACAGCUUUCUUGCUGUCUCAUUCCUUGCAUGUUCUUGGGGCGCAUUCGACUAUUUUACGGUGUCGCUCACUGUUUCUGAUCUCGCGGAAACUUUUGGUACCUCCACUUCGGAUAUCACCCGGGGCAUCACUGUCGUUCUGAUGUUCCGAUCGGUUAGUUCCAUCACGAAUCUUCCUGCUGAUGCUGCUAUUAGGCCCUUUAUCAUCAACCUCGUGUUAUCUAUUGUGCUGGAGCCUGGGACAAGUUUUUGCCAAACCUAUCAACAGUUCCUAGCUGUUCGCGCUCCAUAUGGAGUCGCAAUGGGUGGCAUGUAUGGAAUUGCAGCCGUCACCGCGCUGGAGGAUUGCCCCAAAGAAGCCCGUGGUCUGGUAGCAGGUCUCAUGCAACAAGGCUAUGCAUUCGGCUACUUGCUUGCAACCGCCUUUGCGCGUGCUCUCGUGAAUACGACCAGUCACGGUUGGCGCGCCAAUAUUUCCCAUAAAUAUGGUUUGCGGCAUGUUUUCCAGUUCUCAUUAUUGUUUUCCGUCUGUGCCUGGAGCGUAAUCCCGAUCUGUGUCCUGGAGCUGUCCCCGGUUGCCUUCCAAGCGUUUGUAGUUGGAUCGGCGUACCAGUUCGGUAAUCUGGCUUCCUCGGCUUCUUCUACCAUUGAAGCCACGAUUGGUGAACGAUUUCCUCUGCCACCGUUGACGAAAGCCGAUGGUACGGUUGUCGACCGCUACUACUCCGGGAAGGUCAUUUGCAUUCUCACGGGGGCAGCCUAUGCCUACAUCAUUCUACUUCUGCUUCUGGGACCGGAGAAAAAGGGACGUAGUACAGAUGGUGUUGCUGAUACGGACUCUGCUGGAGUUUGA